AUGCCACAAGCCACGAUUACUCACUCUGCGAGUAAUGAAAACGAUUACAAGAUAACAAAGGCAAAAAUCCUAUCAGAACAGCAGCAGCAGCAGCAGCAGAAUCUACAAUACCACUAUGACCAACCAUCACAAGAACCGCUUGGAUCUUCUACUCAAGAAAUUUACGAAGAAAACAAGCCACCAAUUCAGACAGCAGCAUCUACCACGAAACAAAAUAAAUCUACGGCAUCAAGAUCGGCUAUAAAUGCUGCAACCACAACAACAACGCGUCAAUACUUGGGAGAUGUAUCCAAUCAAUACCACAGUAGUAGUGGGCUUAAACCAACAACACAGACACAACUGCAACCACAACUACUGAAGAAAAGAAAACCUUUUGGUAGAGACGUUCAACCCUUACAGAAUAAAACCAACAGAGUGAUACCAAUUGUAUCUGAUGAAGAUAAUGCCAAACAUAAACCACAACUGGCGAAUCUACUUGUACCAUCGCGGUUGCCGCAGAAGAGACAAGCAACUGAAUCGUCAACAAACUUGGUUGAAAAGUUGAAAAUACCAGAACCACAACAGCAUCAAGCAUCAGCAUCCGCAUCGGUAUUGGGAUCUUCACACACUAUUGCAUCUACUUAUAAAAAGUCACGUUUGAUUGACUAUGAAUGGCAGGAUCUUGAUGAAGAGGAUUAUGAUGAUCCGUUGAUGGCCAGUGAAUAUGUAAAUGAUAUCUUUACAUACUUUUACGAAUUGGAACAGCGAAUGUUGCCGGAUCCACAGUACCUUUACAAACAAAAGAAUUUGAAACCCAAGAUGAGAUCAAUUUUAGUUGACUGGUUGGUCGAAAUGCAUUUAAAAUUUAAACUAUUACCAGAAUCGUUGUUCCUUGCGAUAAACAUAAUGGACCGUUUCAUGUCAAUCGAAGCAGUCGAAAUUGACAAGUUGCAAUUGUUGGCCACUGGCUCUUUAUUCAUUGCAGCUAAAUAUGAAGAAGUGUUUUCACCACUGGUUAAGAAUUACGCAUUCUUCACUGACGGGUCAUACCUGGUGGAAGAGAUCCUACAAGCCGAAAAGUACAUUUUGACAGUUUUAAACUUUGAUUUAAACUACCCCAAUCCCAUGAAUUUCCUUCGUAGGAUAUCCAAGGCAGAUGACUAUGACGUCCAAUCGAGGACAUUGGGAAAAUACCUUUUAGAAAUCACGAUUAUAGAUUACAAAUUUAUCGGAAUGAAGCCAUCUUUAUGCUGUGCCCUGGCCAUGUACUUGUCGCGUUUAAUAUUGGGCAAAAUCCCCGUUUGGAAUGGGAACUUGAUUCACUACAGUGGUGGAUACCGCAUUAAUGAUAUGAGAGAGUGUGUUGAGUUAAUGUUUCAAUACAUCGUCUCACCCAUUGAACAUGACGAAUUUUUCAAAAAGUACGCUAUGCGGAAAUUUAUGAGGGCAAGCACAUUGUGCCGCAAGUGGGCCGAAAAGUUUCAAAUGGAGGGCAGAGAUUUAUUUGAUGAAAGUUUAUCCACUCAUCGGUUAUCGAUUGAAGUGGAUAGCUAG